GACUAUAAGUAGACGAUCUCUUUGUGUCUCUUAUUUUCACAUAAUCAUCAGAUCACAAGAUUUUGGUUUUGAGCUUCUUCGAUUCACACCCAAGUUUCUUCUGGAUUUGAGAUCUCUCUCAAACAAUGGCGGCUACAAGUGAGAAACAGAACAGCACUAAGCCUCCUCCUUCUCCUUCUCCUCUCCGCAAUUCCAAGUUUUCUCAGUCCAAUAUGAGGAUCUUGAUUUCUGGAGGAGCUGGGUUCAUUGGUUCUCACUUGGUUGAUAAGCUCAUGGAAAAUGAGAAGAAUGAGGUGGUUGUUGCUGAUAACUAUUUCACUGGAUCAAAAGAAAACCUGAAGAAGUGGAUCGGUCACCCGAGAUUUGAGCUUAUUCGUCACGAUGUUACGGAGCCUUUGUUGAUCGAGGUUGAUCGGAUUUACCAUCUUGCUUGUCCUGCCUCUCCUAUCUUCUACAAGUACAACCCUGUUAAGACAAUCAAGACCAAUGUGAUCGGUACAUUGAACAUGCUCGGUCUUGCCAAGCGUGUUGGAGCAAGAAUUUUGCUCACCUCAACCUCGGAAGUGUAUGGAGAUCCUCUCAUCCACCCUCAACCUGAGAGUUACUGGGGAAAUGUCAACCCAAUUGGGGUUCGGAGUUGCUAUGAUGAAGGCAAGCGUGUAGCAGAGACUUUGAUGUUUGAUUACCACAGACAACACGGCAUUGAAAUCCGUAUUGCUAGAAUUUUCAACACUUAUGGUCCUCGAAUGAACAUUGAUGAUGGGCGUGUUGUGAGCAACUUCAUUGCUCAAGCACUCAGGGGGGAGUCAUUGACAGUUCAGAAACCUGGGACCCAGACCCGCAGUUUCUGUUAUGUUUCCGACAUGGUGGAUGGACUUAUCCGUCUUAUGGAAGGCGAAGAUACUGGCCCUAUCAACAUCGGUAAUCCAGGUGAAUUUACAAUGGUGGAACUAGCUGAAACCGUUAAGGAGCUAAUUAAUCCAAGCAUAGAGAUAAAGAUGGUGGAGAACACGCCAGACGAUCCAAGACAGAGGAAACCAGACAUUAGUAAGGCCAAAGAAGUGUUGGGCUGGGAGCCAAAGGUGAAGCUCAGAGAAGGACUUCCCCUUAUGGAAGAAGAUUUCAGACUAAGGCUUAACGUCCCAAGAAACUAAAACGCAACCGCAGAGGCGGUUUUGAGUUCACGAGUUGUUGAGCUGUUGAGUUAUAUGGAGAUGCUAUUAUACUACAAAGUUGUGCUGGUUUGGUUUCAUGUGUCCUUCAUAUUUUGCUUUUGUUCCUAGAGAAAAUAAGUUUUGGUCUAGGGGUCUGUUUAUGAAGAACGACUCUUUCUUGUUUUUUUCUUCUUCAAAAUAUAUAUUGUGGUUCCUGGUUUAUUGUUUUGCGGCUCUAAUGAAUAUAUUUUCACAUUUAUUA